AUGCAACAAGUUUUUCUAGACAUCACAUGUUUCUUCAAAGGUGAAAAGAAGGACUAUGUUCUACAAAUAGUAAGCAAUUCUAAGAACAACGUCUCCCGAGAUUGUAUUGAAGUACUCAUUGAGAAGGCAAUGAUAACUAUUGACUAUGGUAGGAUUCAGAUGCAUGACUUACUAGAAAAACUGGGCAAGGAUAUAGUUCACGAAGAAUCCUCCAAUGAUCUCGGCAAGCGUAGUAGAUUGUGGUUUUACAAGGAUGUUGAACAAGUUCUAACGGAAAAACAAGUGCUUCCACCAAGAGUAACUUUGGUAUUACUGGAUAACUGCACAUCAUUGGAAAAAAUUCCAAAACUGGCUUGGGUAUUACUGGAUAACUGCACAUCAUUGGAGAAAAUUCCAGAAUUCCCAUCGGUGGAUGACAGUUGGUCUGCGAGUUUGACCAAUUGCGUUAGACUACGCGGCUACGACAUCACAGAAAAUAUUUUUCUGAAUCACGUUUCUGUUUCUUCUCCGCAUUCUAGUUUUGACAUUAAUCUCCCAGGCGAUGAAGUUCCAAAUUUCGAAAUUCCUCCAAAUUUAAAAUGGGAGAUGUUAAGAUUGGUUCUAUGUGUUGUUAGUAUGGCUCCUGCCAGGAUUCUUCUCAAUGGAAAACUCGUCAAUGCGAUAGAUAUUGGAAUGCUUGAGAGCCAUGAGGGAUUAUUGGAAGGUCAUGUUAUAUUUCACUUGUCUGGCAACGUGCCCACAUAUGUUAAAAUUCCCUGCGGGGUCCACCUAUUAGGCCACCAGGUUGCUGAUAUCAGUGAGACUGAUGUUGUUGAUCAUGGGCCAACGCAGUUGUUGUUACCUGAUGCGAUGGCAGUAGACGAUGAUAUUAGACCAGUUUAA